CAAUCUUCUCCAGCAGGUCGUAGAUGGAGUAGAUGUUGGGGUGGACGCUCUCGAAGCGCUGGAUCUCGGCUCGGAUGGCCGCCGAAUUGGCCAACUGCUGCUGUGAGCAGGUGACAGAGGCGUAGUCAUUCUUGAGACACCAACAAUGACGCAAUACUUUUUCGAGAAGCCGGGACAUGCUGCCCUAUAUCAAAAAUACAGACUUCCUUCACCCAAUGAAAUCAACGACCUCAUCCUCUACUACCUGCAGACAAAGAAAGGGAAGCCAUUCACCCUGGCAGUGGAUGUUGGAUGUGGUUCAGGUCAAAGCACCAGGGGAUUGACUUCUUACUUUGAAGAAGUGGUUGGGAUUGAUAUGAGUGAAGCUCAGAUUGAAGAGGCGAAGAAGAUGGAAAGAUCUGAUAAUGUCUCUUACAGACAGGGCCUGGCGGAGGAGCUGGGGUUCCAGGACGGUUCUGUCGACCUGGUAACAGUGGGAGCUGCAGCACAGUGGUUUGACUUGGAGAAGUUCAUGAAGGAAAUUGACAGGGUUUUAAAACCCAAAGGCUGCCUGGCUCUCUAUUGCUAUACAGUUCCCUGUAUACUGAAUUUCGAUGAUUGCUCUGAAACCCUGACCCAGAUUAUCCAAGACCUGUUCACAGAACUCAAACCCUAUGAGACGAUUGCCACAAAAAGGGUCUGGAAUGAAUAUCGUGAUGUGUUUGAUGCUAUCCCUUUCCCAGACAAAGUGAGAGCCAAAGAUAUGUUUAUUACGUUUAAGAAACCUGUUUCAUGGUUCAUUGGAUACCUAAACUCCUCGGUUUUAUUUCAAACGUACCUGAGGGAAAAGCUGGAAGAUGCUAAAGCCUUCAUGGAAAAUACUGAACAAAGGCUUCUGAAGGCCAUGGGAGUGUCCAGUGAGACUGUUGUAGAAUUCCGUACCAAAUAUUACUGUCUCUUGGCAAGUAAACCUGAGUGAUAUCUUCAAGCUUCCCUCCAGAAUCCUUCAUAUGACACAGACUAACUUCUAUCCACAAACUCUGUGACUCUCCAAGAACAAGAUUUCAGUCAGAAAUGGGAUGUAGAUUUAAAACAAAUAAA